AUGGUUAGUGUUCGACCCCCACCUCGCGCCACGUUGUUGCUGCUAGAAGCGUUGCGUCGUGUUUAUCCCGCGCCUCUAGGCCGCAGGUGGUCAGCCUCUAGCCGUUACGCGUUGCGGGAACAGACUUUUGUCUUAGCACUGUACCUAAGCAACGCUCAACCCAUAUGCUAUCGUAACUGUGGAAUAUCAUCCCAAUUAACCCUGCUGGAGUUUUCUGAAGAGACAUUAACUUAUUGCGCAUCUGCAGUAAGUCUUCUACACUGCAGAAGGAUAAUUCACUAUUUUCUCUCGCAGCAUGCGGUUGCUUACCUCUUUGUGCUCUAA